CGCCUUCCGGUGCUACUCCAUUCCUCUCUUUUUCCCUCCGCGUUAUUCUCGCUCUCUAACCACCGCCCCCAAAAUCAGUGUCAGUUCGUUCUAUAUACACACUGCAGGAGCUCAGUGCUCGAAUGCAUGAUUCGUAUCAGAGUCGGAUUGAAUAAGUCUACUGAAGUGUUUUUUCAAGUUCUCGAGGCUCGAAUCCGCCCAUGGAUUCGAUUUGGUCUGAAAAUGCCGUCCCCGGCGUUUCGCAUUUCGCCGUCGCGACUUACUUCGCCGUCGCUUUCAUCGCCGCCAGGUUCUUGCUCGACAGAUUCGUCUUUCGUAGGCUUGCCAUCUGGAUGCUGGGAUAUGGAGCUACCCGCAACAUGAAUGAGGCUAAAAAGGGGAAAAUUGGAAAAUUCACUGAAUCUAUGUGGAAAUUUGCAUAUUAUACCACUGUUGAGUAUUGUGUCCUAAAAGCCACCUAUCAUCUGCCAUGGUUUUACGAUAUUAAGCAGUACUUCAGAGGCUGGCCAAAUCAAGAGCUACAGCCUUCCAUAAUUCUUUUAUACAUGUGCCAAUGUGGGUUCUAUGUCUAUAGCAUCGCUGCCCUCCUUGUCUGGGAAACUAGAAGGAAAGAUUUUGCAGUAAUGAUGUCUCAUCAUAUAAUCACUGUCAUACUGAUUUCAUACUCAUACAUUACAAGGUUUUUCCGAAUUGGGUUAGUAAUUCUAGCUCUGCAUGAUGCAAGUGAUAUCUUUCUGGAAGCUGCUAAACUCAACAAGUACUCUAAGAAGGAGUUUGGAGCUAGCCUAUGCUUUGGAUUGUUUGCAAUUUCAUGGCUUGUUCUACGACUAGUUGUUUUCCCAUUCUGGGUCAUAAAGGCUUCAAGCUUUUAUAUCCUUGAGGUGUUGAGGAUGUCAGACAGCUAUGAUAAGUCAUUAUACUAUGUCUUCAAUACCCUGCUGUUGACGCUGCUGGUGUUUCACAUAUAUUGGUGGAUUCUUAUAUGCUCAAUGAUCAGUAAACAAUUGAAAAAUAAAGGAAAAGUUGGGGAAGACAUACGGUCUGAUUCAGAGGAUGAGGACUAGUUGGAUGGUUAUGCUCAUCAUUUUUUUCCCAUUAUUACAUGAUGGCUUGGGAAGAUUGCUUAUUACUCCAGUUGUUGUAGCGUUGUCUCUGCGUCUAUCCCUUUACCCUUUUCAAUCUUGAUAGAAUGAUAGUAGUAGCCGUAGGCGUAGGCAUAUCUGUGAUUUCAAGUAACGACAGUUUUGGUUGUACAAAUAUAGUUGUAUAAAUUUUCUCAAAACAAGCAUAUGGAAAAUUUUUUUGGUUGCCCAAAA